UAUAGAUGGCGAACCCACCUUCUCUUUCCUUGUCUAUUUUCUUCAAUGAACCCAUUUUUCUUCUUCUUCAUCAUCAUCAUCGUCUUCAAGUCGGUGCAUGUCAAAAUUUUUUCUUCAAACACCCAAUUAAAGAGACAAUAAUUCUAAAUCCUAAGCUCUUUCAACAUGGAACCUAACCAAACACCACCAUCGUCACCACACGGCCUAACCCAAGAAGAAUAUGCAGUGCUAAAGCCAUUAAUAGAAACAUACCACAAAUUUGACCCAAUACCCAACACAUGCACUUCUUUAAUAACACAACGCAUUGACGCACCCGUUCAAGCGGUUUGGCCUUUCGUUCGCAGCUUUGAAAACCCUCACAAAUACAAACAUUUCAUCAAAAGCUGCAAUAUGAUGAAAGGCAAUGGCGGCGUAGGCAGCGUAAGAGAGGUUACUGUAGUUUCUGGUCUACCGGCUUCUACAAGCACCGAAAGAUUAGAGAUUUUGGAUGACGAAAAACAUAUUAUAAGCUUUAGGGUCGUUGGCGGCGAGCAUAGGCUAAAUAAUUAUCGCUCUGUUACUUCUGUUAAUGAAUUUAAUAAAGAUGGUACGGUUUAUACUAUUGUUUUGGAAUCUUAUAUAGUGGAUAUACCUGACGGAAAUACCGGUGAAGAUACAAAGAUGUUUGUCGAUACUGUUGUUAAGUUGAAUCUUCAAAAGCUUGCUGUUGUAGCAAUGGCUUCUUUGCAUGGACAUGAAUAAUUUUAUUAUUGCUGCGGCGGCGGAGGCGGUGGUGGUGGCAGCGGCUGCGAUAUCUCUGUGGUGAAGAAGAUACGUGAAAGCUCAGCUUUUUCGUGAGGGAUUGGAUUGAAGGUCAACUGUUCAAAAAGCAAACACAAAGAGAUAAAGCCUUACGGAGACUUGUGAGCAACCUUAAAGGACGUGUGACUUACAACCCUCUCUUCAUUUUCUUUAUGCAGACAAAUUCAUGCAAUCUAUUUAUCACCGAACAUUCCAUAUUUUAAUUUAUAUUUUGGAAAAUAUUUCAA